AUGGGAAACUCCAUGACUAGUAAGAUUCAGCUAUAUGGAGCCUGGAGCUCAGACUGUUUAGAAAAUCUUGACAUCAUUUUUACAGAUUCACAAACGUGGUGGUUCACAGCACAUUUAUCAUCAACUGUUAUUUCAGACAUUGUCGAAAACCUGAUGGUAAAAGAUAAUUCACCUAGCAUACCUGAUGCAAUUGAUAGACUCUUCACGGACAUAGCAAAUAUCAACAGGGAGUCUAUGGCUGAAAUACAGGAUGCUCAGGUGGAAGAAAUGGCAGUAAACCUGUGGAACUGGGCAGUUACCAAGAGAGUAGCUCAGAUUAUUAGUGAAGAGCAGAAAGCUAAAUUAUGUCAUGUUGCUUGCAAGCUAGCGUGCAUGGGUGAAGGCUCAAUUUCUUCAGAAAAAGCUAUUCGAAGACAGAUUUUGAUGACUAUGAAAACCGGAAAAGUGUGGGUGAAUGUAGGAAAUGCUAUGAUGGCUGAUAAAUUUUUUCAAGCUGCCAUGGCUAGUCUGGAGCAAUUAUAUGUCAAAUUAACGCAAAGGAGCUUUACUGAGACGCAGUUGACCAUGCAGAAGAUUGCUGUGGAGAGGGACGUCUUCAAAGUGCUUUCUUAUCAGGCUGAAUCAGCAGUUGCUCAAGGGGAUUUUCAAAGAGCAUCUAUGUUUGUACUGCGCUGUAAAGAUAUGCUGAUGAGGCUACCCGAGAUGGUAGAAUAUCUUCAUAGUCUUUGUUACAACUUUGGAGUGGAAACCAACAAGCAAAAUAAAUAUGAAGAAAGUUGUUUUUGGCUUAGCCAAAGCUAUGAUAUUGGGAAGAUGGAUAAGAACUCUAUUGGGCCAGAAAUGCUGGCUAAAGUUCUACAGUUACUAGCCACCGCUUAUUUAGACUGGGAUGACAGAGAAUAUUAUGACAAGGCUGUCAAUGCUAUAAACCUGGCAAACAAGGAACAUUUAAAUCCAGCUGGGCUUUUCUUAAUGAUGAAAAUCCUCUUGAAAGGUGAAACAGCUGAUGAAGGACUCCUUGAAGCUGUCUUGGUAAUACUCCGUCUUGACAUGUCUUUAGACUUCUGUCUGAGCAUUGCUAAACUGCUGAUGGAUCAUGAAAGGGAAUCUGUUGGAUUUUACUUCCUAAAGAUUAUCUGUGAACACUUUAAGUCAUCAGAAAAUAUUGGAAGAGCUCUACUGCUCCACAUUGACAUGCUCUUGAAAAGGAAUGAAGAACUGCUUGCCAAGGAGAAGAUUGAAGAAAUCAUUAUAGGUCAUCAAAUAGGAAGACGAUUGACAACAGAAUUAGCAGGCUGGUUACACAACGCUCUGUGGAAAAAAGCUGCCAGAAGUUUUGAGGUACAAAAUUACACCGAUGCCCUAGACUGGUACAAUUAUUCUCUGAGGUUGUAUGCAUCUGAUCAGACGGAUCUGGAUUUGGCCAAGCUGCAAAGGAACAUGGCUUCCUGUUACCUGAAUCUGAAACAACUUGAUAAGGCUAAAGAAGCAGUGGCAGAAGCGGAACGACAUGAUCCUGCAAAUAUUUUCACUCAGUUUUAUGUAUUCAAGAUUGAAAUCUUAGAGGGAAACUCUGACAGAGCUUUACAGGCAAUUACUAAUCUAGAGAAUUUAUUAAGAGACAAAGAGACAGAAGAUAAUGACCUACGUACAGACAGAAGUUCACAUACCAUGCUCUUCAGUUUAGCUGCUCAGUUUGCUCUAGAGAAUGAACAACAAAUUGUGGCAGAAAAAGCUUUGGAAUAUUUAGCUCAACAUUCAGAAGACCCGCAACAAGUCUUUAUCGCUUUAAAAUGUUUGUUUCGUCUUGCUCUUCCAAAAAUUUCUCAAAUGCUGGAAUCUGAAAAUAAAAAGAAAGAAAUGGAUAGACUUUUGGCUUGCUUGAAUACAGCACUCCUGAAACUUGCUCAGCCUUUUGAUGGAGAAACUUUUACUUCAGACUCAAGGGCUAAUGAAGCUCAUUGGUUUCGAAAAAUAGCUUGGAAUUUAGCUGUGCAAUCUGACAAGAACCCAGUGACAAUGAGAGAGUUUUUCAUACUUUCUUAUAAGCUGUCCCAGUUUUGUCCUUCUGAUCAAGUAAUUCUGAUUGCACAGAAAACAUGUUUACUUAUGGCAGCUGCAGUUGAUCUAGAGCAAGGGAGAAAAGCUUCAACAAAUUUUGAACAGACUCAGUUGCUGAAUCGUGCGCUUAAACAGAUCCAUAAAUGCAAAGACAUCUGGAAUCUCCUGAAAGAAACAGGGGACUUCUCAAAUGAUCCAUGUGAAACAUUGCUUCUGCUGUACGAGUUUGAAAUUAAAGCCAAAAUGAAUGAUCCAUCAUUGGACAGCUUCCUGGAAUCAGUGUGGGAAUUGCCUCAUUUAGAAAGUAAAACAUUUGAAACAAUUGCAUCAUUAGCAAUGGAAACACCUGCACACUAUCCUUCCAUUGCUCUAAAGGCCUUGAAAAGGGCUUUAUUGCUCCACAAAAAGAAAGACUCAAUCGAUGUUUUGAAAUACAGCAAAUGUAUGCACAACUUGAUUAACCUCUCAGCGCCAGAUGGGGUGUCAGAUGCAGAGCUGUGUCCCCUGGAAGAAGUUUUCGGCUAUUUUGAAGAUGCUCUGAGCCUUAUUAGCCACACAGCAAGCUACCCAGAAAUGGAAAUUCUCUGGCUGAUGAUCAAGUCCUGGAAUACUGGAAUAUUUAUGUAUGGCAGGGGCAAGUAUGUAUCUGCUGAAAAAUGGUGUGGCCUGGCAUUUCGUUUCCUUGACCACCUUGGCUCCCUCAAGAGAAGCUAUGAAACUCAGAUGAAUGUUCUGUACAGUGAGUUGAUGGAAGCAGUUGAUAAAAACAAGGGCUCACGUUUUAAUGAAGAGUGA